AUGGGUGACGACAAGUACUAUACUUUAGCAGAGGGCUGUCCCUUCGCAAGCAAUGCAACAGCUCUUUUGAUGCGUGGAAAACAAGGAAGUGGGCUCGGCUUGCUUCAGGAUACUCAGCUUAUUGAGACCUUGGCCCAUUUCUCUCGCGAGAGAAUCCCAGAGAGAGUCGUUCACGCCAAAGCUGUCGGAUCCUACGGAGAAUUCGAAGCCACCCGUGACUGUUCCGACUUCACCAGCGCCAGCUUUCUCAACAAGGCCGGAAAGAAGACGCCUGUGCUUCAGCGCGUAUCAACGGUUGGCCCCGAAUCUGGAUCUGCUGAUACUUCCCGUGAUGUGCACGGAUGGGCCAUGAAGUUCUACACCGAUGAAGGCAACCAGGAUUUCGUUUUCAACAAUACUCCCGUCUUCUUUAUUCGCGACCCUAUCAAGUUUCCUUCUAUGAACCGCUCUCACAAGCGACACCCUCAAACUCAUCUUCCCGACGCAAACAUGUUCUGGGAUUUCCAUGUCGGCAAUCCUGAGGGUAUCCAUCAACUUCUGGUUCUGUUCAGUGACCGUGGCACUCCGAAGUCAGUUCGCUACAUGAGCUCGUACAGUGGACAUACAUAUAAGUUCACUAAGGCAGAUGGCUCUUUUAAAUACGCUAAAAUCCAUGUGAAAACGCAGCAAGGAAUUGAAAACCUCUCUUCUCAAGAAGCUACCAGAAUCGCCGGAGAGGACCCUGAUUUCAUGAUUCGCGACAUGUUGGAGGCUAUUGAGAGAGGUGACUAUCCAACCUGGAACGUUUACGUCCAACUGAUGAGCCCCGAAGAAGCGGAGAAAUACAAGUGGAAUAUCUUCGAUAUGACCAAGGUUUGGCCACAUACGGACUUCCCUCUGCAGCAGAUCGGCCGUCUUACUAUGAACCGAAACCCAAAAAACUACUUUGCGGAUAUCGAACAAGCUGCAUUUUCACCCUCGACAAUGGUCCCUGGAAUCGCUGCCUCCGCUGAUCCAGUACUGCAAGCACGACUCUUUGCGUAUCCUGAUGCAGCUCGCUACCGCAUUGGCGUCAAUUACCAGCAACUUCCCACCAACGCUGCGAAAGUGCAAGUCUACUGCCCAUUUCAGCGUGACGGGGCCAUGAGGUUUGACGAAAAUUACGGUGGUGACCCCAACUAUGUUGGCUCCUCGAUCAAACCCACCAAGUUCUACCAAGACGAGAAGGGAAUUAGCGCCUCUGCACUGGCCCUACACACCGAUCACGAGAAGUGGGUGGGAGAGGUCUCCGCUUACACAAGCGAGAUCACAGAUGACGACUUUGUCCAGCCUGCAGCAUUGUGGGAGGUCAUUGGUCGCGAGUCUGGUCACCAAGAUAGAGUCAUCGAAAACCUUGUUGGCAGUAUCAAGGGCGUCAAGUACCCUGAGUUGCGUAAGGCUGCCUACGGACUCUUUAGACGUGUCAAUAAGGAUCUCGGGUCCAUGUUGCAGCAGCGCACCGAAGCAGCGAUCAAGACUGCGCAGAAUUAG